GUGGACUAAAGAUGGGGGAGCAAGGUGGUUGGCUGGAGGAUAACAGAGGAGACUGGGAGGCCAUCUUGGAUUCCCAGACCGGUGCAGUCAAGUGCCCAGGGGACAACAUCACUAAGCAGCCAAGGACCAGAGGCAACAUAGUGGAGGUCAGUGGAUGGGACAGCGUCCUCAACUCUGGGCUGGGGAACAACACUGUUAACCACAACCAGAAACAGGCAGUGGAACACAAACCAACAACCAAUCUUAGACUCCAUGACAACAGACUGGCUGUGACCAGGGCGAGGCAUAGAUUUGGUCUGCAGGGACAGGGAGGUGUCUCUAUGCGGCAGGAGAGAACAGUCACAGACUCGGCUAGCGAUGCUCCGUCCUGCUCCUAUAGUUGUGAUUCAGAGAGACUGAUGACGCCUCAGGUUGACCCCCUAACAGGUGCUGGCUUCAGCCUGCCUUCUAUAGGAUCUAUCAACUGGAACAUGGACCAUGCGACAACACAGACACUCCCUGGCCUUCGUCCUCCUCACACUCUGUUUAACCAGACAUGUGCCAGUGCCUCAAUACUAAAUGGCUACACAAGACCAUUGACAAAUGACAGUAGUAGAGACGCUAUYAGUGGAUCCGGUGGCAAAGAGAAGCGCUUCCCGUGUUCAUUUUGUGGGAAAGCCUUCAGUUUUCCCAAACAAGUGGAAAUCCACCAGAGGAUGCACACGGGGGAGAAACCAUUCGGCUGCCAACUGUGUGAGAAGAGGUUCUCCCAUCAGCACCACCUGAAGAGGCACCAGAGGGUCCACACAGGGGAGAAACCUUUCAGUUGA